AUGAGGGUCACUCCUCCUCUUUCCAAGGGCUUCUUUGGUCGAAGUGUAGAUGAGUUUAAACGUUUAUCAAUAAGUGCACUCACCGCAGAAGGCACAAGAAGAGCUACAUCUCCAUUACAUCUCGCAAAUUUCCACAAUCCCGAAUCCCUAAAGCGCUGUAAAGCCUUCUCUGAUGCUGAUAUGGGAGGCUUUUCAAAAGUGCAUUUCGAUUGGGUACCCCCUUCUGAGAACGCAAAGCCUAGCUCUUCCGAAAACAAGAAUGGGCAUGUCAAAUUCCAUGGGAACAUUUCGAUAGACCUACCCCCGAACAGACCUCAAAUCCAGCGCAGUGGCUAUGCGGCUUGGAGAACUCUCGAUCAGCCAUCGACGAUAUUUGGGAAAUCACUAUGGAACAUAGAUGCGUAUGGUUUGCUUGCCCUACGUAUAAAAAGUGACGGGAGGAAGUAUUUUGUGAACAUACAAACGGAAUCAAUUGUGCCUACGGAUAUACAUCAACACAGACUAUAUGCGCGAAGCCCAGGAGAGUGGGAAACAGUUUUAAUUAAGUGGAAUGAGUUUGUCCGGACGAACCAUGGUGUUGUCGUAGAACCACAAGGUGAAAUGUUGAGACAAAAGGUACGGACCGUAGGGAUAGGAUUAAUUGAUAGAGUUCCUGGUGAUUUCCAGCUUUGUGUGGAAAGGAUUUGGGCCACCAAUGGAUUGAGUGAAGCGGAUCUCGAAGAGGAUGGCAGAAAGGAAGAAGGUCAAUUGAAGAGCAAACAUGGCGAGAAAAUCAGAUGGGGUGAAGAUAAACUUGAUAAGACUCCUUCAUGA